GCUCGGUGGGGAACCGAGAGCUCCGUGUGCUCUGCCGACGCAGCUGGCAGCGGGGCUGUCUCCGGAAGGCGGACCGGCGAACGCCUAGUGCCCGCACUCCGCCGCCUGCCGCGCCUGUCUGCGCCCCUGACAUCCUUAUUCGGGACGCGGUGGCCGUUUUUAAAUCACAAGGGCGUGGGUCAGCCUCCCCUCGGACUUCAUGUCUGUGUAUUUCCCCAUUCACUGCCCCGACUAUCUGCGAUCUGCCGAGAUGACUGAAGUGAUGAUGAACACCCCAUCCAUGGAGGAGAUUGGCCUCAACCCCCGAAAGGAUGGCCUUUCCUAUCAGAUCUUCCCCGACCCAUCAGACUUUGACCGCUGCUGCAAGCUCAAAGACCGCCUGCCCUCCAUCGUGGUGGAGCCCACGGAGGGCGAGGUGGAGAGCGGGGAGCUCCGGUGGCCCCCCGAGGAGUUCUUGGUCCAGGAGGAUGAGCAGGACAACUGUGAAGAGACAGAGAAAGACAACAAGGAGCAAUAG